GCAAAUAUAUAUAACGGGGAAAGCAAAGCUCUAGGCUUCUCCCUCUUUCUGAAAAAAUGGCAAAGUUUCCCUUUCUGUUUUCUUUCUUGUUCUUUGCUCUGAUAGUUUCUGGGAAUCAUGAAACUCAAAGAACUGUGAUCUCAAAAAUGGUUGAUGGUGUAAGAGGAAAAAUAGGAGCCAUUGUAGACAAAAACUCCAGGAUUGGUAAGGAAGAGAGUUUAGCUAUGUUGAUGGCUGUAGAGGACUUCAACAACGUCAAUGAUCAAAAUUUCAGUUUUGUCAUCAAAGACUUCAAGAAUGAUCCUAAUCAAGCGGCUCUUGCAGCUGAAGAUCUGAUCAGUAUGCAACAAGUUCAGGUUCUCAUAGGGCCACAAACCUGGGAAGCAGUUUCUGUAGUUGCCAAGGUUGGAAGCGAGAAUAAGAUUCCUGUUCUAGCGUUGGCUAAUGACAUCCCAAAAUGGGCAACUGAGAGAUUAGCCUUUUUGGUUCAAGCUUCUCCCUCUCAGUUUAAUCAAAUGAGGGCCAUUGCUGCUAUUAUUGGUUCGUGGGAUUGGCGACUGGUUAAUGUUAUAUAUGAAGAUGGAGAUUUCUCUACCGCAGAGGUAUUUUCUUACCUUGAACAUGCUCUCAAAGAUGUAGGAGCUGAAAUAAGUGAACUUGUGAGUCUCCCUCAGUUUGAUUCUAAUUUAUUGUCCAAUGAAUUAGAGAGGCUAAGAAGAGGGCCAAGUAGAGUUUUCGUAGUUCACACGUCUUUUAAGUUUGGGUUGCAUCUAUUUCAAACUGCAAAAGAGAUGGGGAUGAUGGAAAAAGAGUAUGUUUGGAUCACUACUGAUUCUUUCACAAGCCUUGCACACUCUUUUAAUGUUUCUGUCAACUCUUUACUUCAAGGAGUUAUUGGAGUCAAGAGUUACUUUCCGGAAAACCAUCCUCCAUUUCGUAAGUUUUAUCGUAGGUUCUGUAGCAGGUUUAGAAUAGAGCAUUCUGAUGAGUACAACCAUGAGCCUAGUAUUUUCGCGGUACAGGCUUAUGAUGCUGUGAGAACAGCAGCUAUGGCAAUGAGUAGAGCCCAAGGAAAAGCUCAUCGCUUGUUCAAAUUCAUCAAGCUCGCUGAUUUUCAAGGAUUGGGUGGAAAUAUUCAGUUUAAAGAUAGAAAAUUAGUCCCAGCCAAUACUUUUCAAAUAAUCAACGUGAUGGGAAGGAGUUAUAGGGAGUUAGGCUUCUGGUCAGUUGAAUUAGGCUUCUCACGGGAGUUGGGGAAAAAUUCGUCUACUAGCUCGUCGUUGAAAGAUCUUGGCCCAGUGUUUUGGCCAGGUGGAUAUUUUGAAACUCCUAGGGGAUGGGCUAUUCCAACAGAUGCCAGGCCUUUGAGAAUUGGGGUGCCAACUAGUCCCAUGUUCAAGCAGUAUGUAAAUGUGGAAGGAGAUCAGAUAGGAAACAAUUUGUCUUUCAGUGGACUUGCAAUUGAUCUGUUUAAAGCAACCUUAGACAAUUUGUGCGUCCCUCUGCCGCACAAGUUCUAUGCAUACAGUGGAACAUACGAUGAUUUAGUGAAGCAAAUCUAUUUAAAGGAAUUCGAUGCAGCAGUAGGUGACAUAGCAAUAGUAUCAACUCGUUACGAACAUGCUGAAUUUACACAUCCUUACUCUGAAGCAGGACUUGUGAUGGUUGUUCCUGCCAUAAAUAAUAGAAGCAAUAGAGCAUUGUUGUUCACAAAGCCCUUUACUUUGACCAUGUGGAUUGUAAUCUCUGUGGUAAAUAUCUACAAUGGAUUUGUUGUUUGGUUUAUAGAACGAAAUCACGGUCCUGAACCUGAAGGUUCGAUGUUUAGUCAAGCUGGAACCAUGCUUUGUUCAUCCUUCACCACUCUCUUCUCCUUGCAGGGUAAUAGGCUACACAGUAACUUGUCGCGGAUGACCAUGGUGGUUUGGUUAUUUGUGGCACUUGUGAUAACUCAGAUAUACACUGCCAAUCUUACUAGCAUGCUCACUAUUCAACAGCUUGAACCGACUAUAUCGAACAUUGAAACUCUCCGAAGAAUGAAUGCAUUUGUGGGAUGUGGCAGAGGAUCCUUUGUCAAAGGAUAUUUGGAGACAGUUCUACACUUCUCUACAGAAGCCAUAAAAAACUACUCCACACCCGAUGGUUUAGCUGAUGCUCUCAGAAACCAAGAGAUAGCAGCUACAUUUCUUGAAGUUCCUUUUGCAAAACUAUUCCUUGCAAAAUUUUGCAAAGAGUUCAUGAUUUCUGGGCCAACCUACAAAGUUGGAGGAUUUGGAUUCGCAUUUCCAAGAGGCUCUCUGUUGUUACCAUAUGUGAACCAAGCAUUGCUUAAAGUAUCUGAAACAGGAAGGUAUAGAAAGUUGGAGGACAGCAUGAUUGCUGGUGAGAAAUGUGAGGAUGGGGAAGGAAAAGAUGGAAGUCCAAGCCUCAGUCCCAACAGCUUCUUUUUACUAUUUGUACUGAGUGCAGGAGUAUCAACAAUAGCACUCACAUUGUAUGUCUAUAAUGCUACUCUUAAGUCUAAUCUUCAACAAAACACUAUUUGGAGAUUGAUGAUAGCUGUAAUGAGAAAAUGGGGGAAUCAUAGAAGACGAUUUUCUCGAAGGGUUAGUGAAGAGCCACAAACCAUUCCGAAUAACUUUCCAAACGUCGAAAACGUGCAAAGUCUAGCUUAGUAAAUUGUAGAUAGGAUUGGAAUGACUUUUCAAGUGCUUAUAAACACUUAUUUAACGUUUAAAAACCGUUUUUAGCACUUGACAAGUCAUUUCAAACAGAUUUUAAUUUGUCACGUUACUAAGACAAGAGAAGGAAAAUGAAAGUGCUCUAUAGUAAUUCUAAGGAUUCAAAGUUCUAGAGCAACUUCGAUCUUAUCAAUGAAGACUAGGAUAAAGAUUCAAUAACUAGAGAGAGCUCUAGUGGAAGGACAGGAGAUAAUGUACAUAAAAAACAGUUUUUUUCUUUUCAAAGUUGUUUGCAAAAAGAUGGAAAAUUAACUGUUUGAUCCAUGGAAUGCACAAUUUAGAUUCAAAUGCUUUCUCUGUGUUAAUUAAUGUAUAAAGUUGAAAUGAAAGUAAAAAAAAUUGAGUAAAGAAAAAGGAA